AUGAGUGGGCUAACAGUAAUAGAUGAAGACAUCGAGGAAUACACAGGCGAAGACGAUACAGAAACCAUCAAAAGGCUAAAGAUCGAGCUUAAAGAAGUCAAAAGCAGGGCGGAAAACGCUGAAGGAGAAAUUUCGAGACUAAAAAAUUUGGAAAAUCGAGUAAAAGAAUUAAGCGCAAUUUGCCAGUCGAAAAACACUGAAAUAUUUGCUUUUGAAAGGAAGAUAAAAGAAUUACAAAUCCAAAUUGAAGUAAAAGACCAGCAAUUGGUGUCAAUGAUAAGCUUGAACAGCGAGUUUAAAGCUUUGGUAGAAAACAAAAAUAAAUGUGAGCAAACAGAUUUCGAAGACCCUUUGGUUUCCCAAUUGCAGGCAAAAAUAGCGGAAGUGAACACAGAAAACGAGAGGUUGAAGGAUUUAUUGGUUGCGGAAAUUGAAGAAAAUCAGCAUUUUAAAAAUUUAAGCUGAUUUGGAUUAAUAUGCUACCAAACAAUGUCUAUUUCAUAAUAUAGUAAAUUCAGUAAGGCGAGGUAUAAUUGAGACAAGCAGCAAUGGACACCAUUCCAGCUAUUCAUCUUCACAAGGAACUCCCACUAAGCGCCAAAGCAACUCUGAAUCUCCAAAUGCUCAGAUUAGGCAAAGAAGGCAAGACAGUAUCUAUGCGAAUAAAAAUGCUAAACAAGGAGGAUACAUUCCCUCUACAUUAAGAAGGCCAAAAGAAGGCUUUUUUAAUAACAUGUAA